CACACACACACACACACACACACACACACACACGUACUACACAAAAACACAAGUCUACAGUUCAAUUUAGUGACCCUUUGUACAGUACACACCCUUUCAACACCAAACCGUUGCAAACAUCAAACAACAGCAUCUCCGUGGCCACCAAACUACAAACAACAGAACGAGCCUCACUAACAUCAAUUCAAGUUCCAAACAACUCCAGGACUAGCGGUAGACGAAAAACAACCACGUUCAGAACACGUAUUCGGGGAGAGAGGGAUUGGUAAGGGCGACACGGGGGAGUCAGUGUUGUGGCGAGGGAAGGAGACGGUGUGGAGAGCAAGUCUUUCCUACUCUUUCCCUUCCUGUAGACUUCCUAGGGACUCUCAGGCCGCGCCCUUCACAAUCAGUACAGGAUGGCGGCACACACACCACUGCAGGGGGACCGCGCCGCCUGGUGCCGCGAGAGGCUGGAGUUCUUCAGUGCCGUCAUCAACAACCUGGACAGGGAGAGACUCAAGGCGGAGCUGGAGAACUGCGAGACGGAGGAGGACGCAGAGGGCCUGAUGCACAGCCUGCUGUGGCUGCAGGACAACAUGCACACGCACUUCCAGGGCGGCGCCACGGCCAUCGACCCUCCUGAACCCCAUGAGCCGCCGGAGCGCGAGUUCGAGCAUGACAUCGCUGAGGAGCACCAGCCGCUGUACGUGGCCGUGGAAGACCAGCCCGCCCAGCAGCCCCUCAUGCUUGACCCCUGGACCCUGAACAUCCCCAUGGACGCAGGGGAGCCGCAUGCCAUCCUGCAAGACGUGGUAUACCUUGGGAACCACGAGCAGCAGCAGCGGCGGGAGGAGGAGGAGGAACAGCAAGAGGAGCAUGAACAUGUGGACUUUGAGGAUUAUGAAGCUCCGCCUCAGGCAAUGUGUGAGCCCGAGGUCCUUGACGUGGCACGCCCAGAAAGUCACAUUCACCAACCCCUUGAAAUGGAGGAGGAGGAGGAGGAAGAAGAAGAGCAGCAGCAUCAGGAGUAUCAACAAGAGCAACAACUUCAGCAGGAACAACAGCAGAAUGACCAAGAUCUGCUGCUUCAGCAUGCCCCUCUACGCAGGACAGAUUGUCCCCAGCCAGGCCCCGUCAGUGACUUAGUCUUUGCUGACGCUCUCGACUUUCCUCACCCGGCACACAUGCACGACUUUCCCGCGGGGCGACCUGCCGACGACGCAAGUGACGCGGAGGACCCGGAGUGGGUGGAGGUGGAGAGCCGGGAAAACACUCCCGUCACGGCGAGGAGUGACGUGGACACUGACGCCGACACGGAGCCGAUGGAACCAAUCAGUGACCCUUACUUCGACGUCGACGAGCCGUCCACCGAGGACUUUGUGGACGUGGAGGACGUACCGCUGGAGGAGAUGGUGGUGAUGCCUUCCUCCCAGGCCGAGGCCAACAUCCAGCCCGCGGCGGAUGACCUUGAAGUAGAGGGCACGACUGGAGGGCUUGAAAACGACCCGCUGGCAGACGAGGAGCUGGCGAAGGAGCUGUCUGACGCCAUCAACGAGGAGGAGAGGCGGCGGCUGGAGAGUGACGAACAGAUGGCGAGAGCGUUGGCCGAACAAAUGGAGAUGGAGGAGAGGCAGAGAGAGGAGGAGGAGAAGCGGAGGGAGGAGGAAGACGAGGAGUUGGCGAGGAGAUUGGCUGAAGAGAUACAGAACGAAGAAGUGGAGCAACUAGAGCAGCGACGACAGCGCCUGGAGGAAAACAUGGUGCCUUCGGAUAGCGAGAGAGAGGAGGGGCCGGAUGGCGACGAGGAAUUGGCACAGCAGGCCCACGACGAGGAGCUAGCGCGCCAGAUGGAGGCCGAGGUGCUGGAGGAGAUGCGGGAAGAGGAGGACGAGAAGGCUGGAAGAGUCGCUGCGCUCAUCAACAUGUUUCCUGACGCAGACCCGACUUACUUAACGGAAAGGAUGGAGGCGGUGGAGAGCGAGAAGGCCUUUCGCAACGCUGUAGAGGCGCUUCUACAGUGCCAGAAGACGGAGCCACGCAUGAGCGGACACCAGAAACUCCUGAAGCAGACACACGCCACCAGGGAUCACGAGGAGGCGCCCCCGGAGUCAUUGGGAGCCACUGCCGCCCCUUCCCUCAUGGUGGUGCCCUCCUCCAGUCAUGUGUUCGAGUGUACCAUCUGCUUCGAGGAGGCCGUGCCCAUCAAGGACGUGGCCACCUGCGACGCCUUCACCAACUACCACCUCUUCUGCAUCGAGUGUAUUAGGAAACACGUGGCGGCGCUAAUCGGCCAAGGACAAUCCAAGUUCCGGUGCAUGAACGGCUACUGUGAGGCGGAGUUCUCUUGGCGGACCCUGCGGCGUGUGAUGGAGCCAGUGGUGUACAGGAAGGUGCAGGAGCAGCGGCAGCAGGAGGAGGUGAUGGCAGCGGGGGUGGAGAACCUUGUGUCGUGUCCCUUCUGUUGUUUCAUGAUUAUUAUGCCAGACCCCGAGAAUAAGGUCUUGGAGUGCCUCAACCCAGAGUGUCUCAAGGAAUCCUGCAGGAUGUGUAAGGAGUCUUCCCACAUUCCCCUGCGCUGCGAGGAGGUGGAGAGGGAGACGCAGAAGGACGCGAGGACAAUGCUGGAGAAUAGGAUGGCGGAAGCAAUGAUCAGGCAGUGUCCCAGAUGCGGCAAGAGGUUCGUGACAGAGGGCGGGUGCAACAAGAUGACCUGUUCGUGCGGUACUGUUAUGUGUUACGUGUGCAAGAAGGUUAUCACUGACGGCUACAACCACUUCGAGCAACGCGGCGGGGUGGUGUCCAACAAAUGCCCUCUUUGGACCAACGCCACGGAGCUUCACUCGGGGGAGGUGCGGCAAGCGGCACAGCAGGGGAGGCAGGAGAUGGACCCUGGCCUAAGACUGGUACACGACCCUACCCUCAACAUGGACUAGACGUGGGCGCAGGAGGAGCAGGAGGGAGAGAAGUAUGGGCUGGAUUUUCAACGUAAGAGAGCAGUGGGUGAAGAAAAUAGAUGAUACUCGUACACUAAUACAUAAGGAGGUGAAGAGAAUGCCAUAUGUUGUGAGAUGAUAGGAAAUUGAGAAGCAUGGACUGGAUUUUUCAACGUGAGAAAGCAGUGCGGUGGGUAAAGAAUAAAGGAGAUGAUGCGUUAAUAAAUAAGGAGGUGAAAAGAAUGCUGUACGUUGUGAGAUAGAAAGAAAAACGUAACUCAAAAGAAGCAUGGACUGGAUUUUUCAUCGAGAGAGAGCAGUGCAGUGGGUGAAGAAUGGAGAUGAUGCAUUAAUAGGUAAGGAGUUUUAGAUUAUAGCAUACGUAGAAAAUUAAAAGAGAGGAAAAAGUAACUGAAACGAAGCAUGGGCUAGAUUUUUCAACGUGACAGAGCAGUGCAGUGGGUGAAGAAGAAUAGACUUGAUACAUAAAUACAUAAGAUUAUAACAUGUGAGAUAAAAGAAAAAAAAAGUAAAUGAAAAGAAGAAUGGGCUGGAUUUUCAACGUAAGGGCAGUGCAGUAGAGGAAGAAAAUCGAGAGGUUGACAUAUUAAUACAUAAAGGUGGUGAGGAGAACAAUACCAUACGUAGUGAGACAAAAGGAGUCAAUAAACAGAAAAUGAUAAUGAUGAAAGAAUGGGCUGGAUUUUCAACGUAAGGCUAGUGCAGCAGGUGAAGAAUAGAGGAAUUGACACAUUAAUACAUAAGAUGGUGGAGAAAUUAAUAGCAUGCGCAGUGAGAUCAGAGGAACCAAUGAAAGGAAGAUGAAAAAAGGACAAAACAUAAUGGGAGAAUAAAAGUGAAGGGAAACAAAAAUGUGAUUGGUGAAAUGAAGAAAGUGAUGGAAUGGAAGAAAAUGCAUAACCACACUAAGAGAAUAAAAAUGUAAAUACACAAAUACAGUGAUAAAAUGUGAAAAGGGGAAAAAAAAUUAACGAUGAAGGUACGUGAGGAUAAUGAAUGCAUGAAAUUACACGGUUGAUAAUAAGAA